AUGGGCAGCAGCGCGUCCCUGACGCAGCGCGGCCGCGGCCUGCGCUCCUCCUCGCGCAUGUCCUCCAUGUCGCAGUCGCAGGCGCACUCGCGCACCUCCAUGGCCCGCGAGAACACCUACCAGGACGAGAUGUUCCGCAUGUCCGACGUGUCGCUGGCCGGCUCGGCCAACACGGGCAGCUCGCAGAUCCAGAUGACGGUGCCCGCCGCGCCGCUGCUGGUGGCCCCGCCCACGCCCGUCAGCGCCCCCGUCCCCGUCCCCGCCACCGCCACCGCCGCCGCCGAAGGCGAUGCCGUCGCCCUCGCCACCGCCACGGAGCUGACGCGCCUGCUGCCCACGCCCGCGGCCGUCGCCAUCGCCGUCCCCGCACGCAAGUACUCCAGGGAGCGGCAGACGCCGGCGGCGGCCGCCGACCUCCGCGGGUACGCAGACGACGGCAGCGACGACGAGAGCUGCGCGUCGCCCGGCGCCGGCGCCAGUGACUGGCACAUCACCGACAACCCCGCCGCCGCGUGCACGUGGGCGGGCCACCUGCCGCCCACCUCGCCGCCGCCGCAGCUGCCCCAGCGCCUGGGCGACUCCUUCCGCCACCGGCCCUUCGCGCAGCCGCCGCCGCCCAGGCGGGAGCGGGAACGAGAGCGGGAGCGAGAACGAGAGCGGGAGCGCGAACGAGAGCGGGAACGAGAGCGAGAGCGGGAGCGCGAGGCGGCGUUGGCGUCGCCGAGCGAGUGCGGCUUGGCGCAUGCGCAGGCGCACGCGCUGGCGCUGGCCGGGGAGAGCAUCACGCGCAUCGUCACGCCCAGCAGCCCGCCCGUGCGCCACACCUUCCAGGCGUUGCCGCUGUUGCUGUCGCCGCAGACGGCGGCCACGGCGGGCGGCGCGGGCGGCGCGCGGCGCAAGCGCUCGGUGGAGGGCGUUCGCAUCGUGGACGCUCGCGACGCCCCGCCGGUCCGACGGCGCCGCCCCUCCUCCGCAGGCGGCGCGUCCUGUCGCGCCGCGAGUCCGAACCCUCGGGACGUCCCGUGGUCGGUGCCGGUACCGGUGCCGGAAGCGCCGCGGGGGCGGCGGCGCGUGAACGGGCGGCGUGAGCGGCCCUGGCGCGCAGGCCUGCGCCUCCAGCGCUCCAGGCGGCCCUGCCCCCGGCCCGCCGGCCCCGCCCCGGGCCCACCGCGGCAGAGCGCGUAA